CUUCAUGUAUUUCGUCAGGUCAAUACGGGUUUCAACAUUCAAUAGAGGACCGCGUUAAGCAAUCCAUUCACUCCAAGGAACUCCAUGGAAGAAGCUCCAAAGAAGCCCGACGCUGACGCUGGCGCCGGCGAGCACUCGUCGGAGUACGCGCCAUACCCGAAGCUUGACGCCAAAGACCUUGAGCCCCCUCCGCCUCCCGCUACCUCGAUGCCUCCGCCGGACUCCAAUCCCUACGUCUCCUCAGCCCCCGUUCCCGCCUCCAAGAAUGCGGUGGAUUCCGUGAAGGAUGUGCUUGGGAGGUGGGGGAAGAAGGUUGGAGAUGCCACGAAAAAGGCCGAGGGUUUCGCUGGUGAUGUUUGGCAGCACUUGAAAACUGGACCCAGUGUUGCUGAUGCUGCCAUGGGAAGGAUCACUCAGGGAACCAAAGUCAUAGCUGAAGGCGGUUAUGAGAAGAUAUUUCGCCAAGCUUUUGAGACACUUCCUGAAGAGCAACUUAAAAAGGCAUAUGCCUGCUAUUUAUCAACAUCUGCUGGUCCUGUUAUGGGAACUUUAUAUCUCUCAACAGCUAAACUUGCAUUCUGCAGUGACAGUCCUCUUUCAUACAAAGUGGGGGAUCAAACUGAAUGGAGUUACUAUAAGAUUAACUAUUGCGUCAAACUUAUUGGGGAAGUUAUCCUGUCUCACGGGUGGGGGUAAUGGUAUGUAUGGUCAAGGUGAUUGAGCUUAAGCUUAAAUCAAGUAAAAUUCAUCAGUUUUCUAAUCAACCCAUUCAGUGGAUCUGUCAUUUCACUUAUCUAAUUUGGAUAUAUGAUUGGCAUAAUUUAUUCUACGUAACUAUAAUGCCUAAUAUUCUGAGUAAGCCAUCCUUGAUCGAGUUGGACAUUGAGGCAAUAUACUAGAUCGUGAACUUUCUGCAGCAGAGUAUCUUAUGUCUCAUUGUUUCUGUUCACCUGUUAUCACCUACAUUGAAAAUUUUAAUACAUUGCAUGCAUGUGCUGACAUUUUCCCUAUAAUUUCUGUAUUAUUUAUGUUUAUAUUGUGUUUGGAGCAUUGAAUUCAUAUUCAAUUUUCAGUUUCUAAUCUUGCAUUAAGGUUUUUAUUUUUCUUGGCUGUGUUACAUAGAUAGGCAUUGAACUUGAGGCAAGCAUGAGUUGAUACCAUGGUCGAGCUAGAUCUAGUGUUUUCUAGGAAUCUUUAAUUAGGUUGAAGCGCCAUGCUAAAAGUCUUCCUUAUUAUUUUCUACGCGUUGUGAUCACCAUGUUUUUGCCAUAGUUUGGAAAUAAGAUCACUACAGAAUUCUUCUGGGAUAACUGAUCUUGGUUGACAUCUGUGGAAAUUAAUCAUUUUUAAGUCUUCAAAUUCUACGGUUCCAAAUAGUGAUUUUUUUACUCUUUCAGGCACACCAAUUUAACCAUUGUAUUUCUCUAAU